AUGAGGAGGGUGUGUGAGUCUUCCGGGCGGUUCAUUCUCGCGAGGUGAGCCUACAAUACUACCGAAGCUUAAUCGGGGGAUUCCUUCUCUCGGUCUCCGGUUAUCACUCAAUACAUGAUUUUCCUCGUCGAAUUCAUCAUAAGCCGACUGAAAGAAGGACAUGCUACGCGACAAACGUGGAUAUAUAAUACCGACAUCGCAGGGGGAGGGAGACAUGUAAAGUGUCCGAAGCGGCACCUGAUACCGAUUGAACGAACACUAGGGGAAUAGCCUACCUCCACAUUCUACUCCGUUAUAUGUUUGUUCAUCUCCAGAGCGCAUUGUCUUUCAGUCAAGUCAGGAUAAUCUUCAUGUGGAUAUAAUUACCGACAACGAAGUCCAGGAUGACUGAGGAAAUAUCAGAUGUUCCCAAAGAAAUGCUUGAGAGCAUAAAGGAUGCAGUGGGGAGGAAGAUCAAACUGUCCGUGAAGAAGAGGGUUAAACUGGAGAUCAAAGGGGACAAGGUGGAGAACAGAGUCCUGGCGCUUGCCUCUCAUCGGGCCUACAUCCUCACCGCGCGCAUCCCCUCCAAGGUAGAGCAGACUUUCAAUUAUCUGGAGAUUCAAGGGAUCACAUGCAAUAAACCGACACAGUUGGCCAUAGAGUACGAGCGGGGACAGGUGUCACUGAAGCUGGCUUCAACAGAGGAGGUGAAUGAAUUGGUGGCCCACAUCGGCAGCUGUCUGCAGAGGAUAUGUCCAGGUCUCUCCCCACUGAAGGUGAUGAAGAAGCUGGUAAUGGAGCCAGCGGACAGAGUGACCAGUCUACAGAAUCUAUGGGACAACCAGAACCUCCCAGAGCCUGGACCAUGCGGGGGAUUCUCUCAGCAGUAUCGCUGUGUGUGUGACUGGCUCAGCCUACCCUACAGAGAGGAGGUCCAAUGGGAUGUAGACACAAUCUAUUUGACCCAAGACACCCGAGAGCUCAAUCUUCAGGAUUUCAGUCACCUGGAGAACAGGGAUUUGGUGGCUAUUAUUGCAGUGCUGGAGUACAACCAGUGGUUCACAAAGCUCGCCACCAAGGAUUAUAAACUGCAGAACCCCUCGCCCCCGCCUCCUUCCUCCAGCUCCGGCAUUCGGAGUGUUUUGACUACCCUCGGCCUUCCGGCCUCCACACUCUGCAACGGAACCAGUCCCAGAUCUGCAGACGUGUGCGAGCAGAUUCUGAGGGUGGUGGCCCGGUCCAGUCGCCUGGAGGAGCUAGUGCUGGACAACGCCGGACUCAAGACGGACUUUGCACAGAAGCUGGCUAAUGCGCUGGCCCAUAACUCCAACUCAGGGCUCCAUACUCUAAACCUUGCCAACAACCCACUGGAGGACAGAGGAAUCGCCUCGUUGGGUGCCCAGUUUGCCAAACUCCGCAAGGGCCUCACACAUCUCAAUUUCUCCAAAACCUCACUGUCACCCAAAGGGGUGAAUAGCCUUGCCCAGUCACUCAGUGCCAACCAGUCCAUCCCCAGCACCCUCACCCACCUCGACCUCUCAGGGAACAUUCUGCGGGGGGACGACCUCACGAAUUUUUACAACUUCCUUGGCCAACCAAACAGCUUGGCCACACUGGACCUUUCCAAUACUGACUGUUCACUUGACCUGGUCUGUUCUGCUCUGCUCAGAGGGUCAGUACAGCACCUCUCGGUGCUCAACAUGUCCAAGGGAAUCUUCCCCCAUAGGAAGGGGAAGGACAUUCCUCCUGCAUUUAAGCACUUCUUCAGCAGUGCCAUGGUCCUGAGCAGUGUCAACGUGUCUGGAACUAAACUACCACCAGAGGCCUUAAAAGCUCUUCUCCUGGGUCUAGCCAGUAACUCAAAUGUCAAAGAGGUUUCAUUAGAUCUUAGCUGCUGUGAGCUUGGCCACUGUCUGAGGUCAGGAGGCUCUCAGAUCCUGGAGGGCUGCAUCGCUGAGAUCCCCAACAUCUCCAGCCUGGAUAUCUCCGAUAAUGGACUUGACUCUGAUAUGGCCACCUUGUUAGUGUGGUUGGCCAAGAACCGGUCAAUUCGUCAUCUCUCUUUAGGAAAGAAUUUCAACAACAUCAAGUCAAAAAACCUGGCUGCUGUCCUGGACAACCUAGUGCACAUGAUCCAGGAGGAGGAAUCGCCGCUAACGUCCCUGUCCCUUGCGGACUCCAAGCUGAAGACAGACUUGACCAUUGUGCUGAAUGCACUGGGCAGCAACACCUCACUGACACGGGUGGACAUCAGUGGUAAUGGCAUGGGGGACAUGGGUGCCAAGAUGCUGGCUAAAGCGCUACAGAUAAACAGCAAGCUUAGGACUAUCAUCUGGGACAGGAACAAUAUCAGCCCACAGGGCCUGCAGGAUGUGGCAGCUGCACUGGAAAAGAACUUCACCAUCCGCUUCAUGCCCAUCCCCAUUAUCGACGCGUCCCAGGCGCUCAAAGCCAGCCCAGAGAAGACGGAGGAUGCCCUGCUCAAGAUUGAGCAUUACCUGUACAGAAACCAUGAAACCCGGAAAUACCUCCAAGAACAAGCUUACAGGUUGCAGCAGGGCAUAGUCACGACAACCACGCAGCAGAUGAUUGACCAGAUUUGUGUGAAAGUCCAAGACCACCUCAACUCAUUAAGGAAUUCUGCUGAGACAGACACGGUCAUGGAGGAUAUCAAGACCGCAGAGAACCUGAUGAAGGAUGCCAGAAACUCUAAAACACUCCUGCCCAACCUGUACCAGCUGGGGGCGAUCUCCAGAGAGGAGCUGAACGGCUCGUCAGUGGGGCCCAUCCAGGAGAAGCUGGACUCCAUGGCGGGGGAGGUGGCCCGGGUCAUGGAUGAACAGCUACAGAGUUUGCUGGAGUCGAUGGUGGACGCAGCAGAGGGUCUGUGUCCGCACGUAAUGCGGAAGGCCAACCUGCGGCAGGACCUGAUGAAGGCCAGCAUGGGCAAGAUGGUGGUGCCCCGCAGCUUCGUCAAGAACACCCUGCUGGAGCAGUCAGGCAUCGACAUCAUCAACAAGAUCAGUGAGGUGAAGCUGAGCCUGGCCUCCUUCCUCUCCGACCGCAUUGUGGAUGAGAUACUUGAGGCCCUCUCUGGUUCCCAGCACACACUGGCUGAACACUUGUCCAGGAAAGGGCAGGCACUGACGCGCCAGGGCUCUCUGGAUCUGGAUGUGCCUGAGGAGAGGGUCUCCAAACGGGGCACCAUGGAGCUCAUGGAGGGGGAGAGGCUGGAUGAUCUCGAGACUUGCAUGAUGACCCCCAAGUCCAAGAGGAAGAGCAUUCACAGCAGAAUGCUGCGGCCUGUCUCUCGUGCCUUUGAAAUGGAGUUUGACCUGGACAAGGCUCUGGAGGAAGUGCCCGUCCACGUGGAUAACCACCACCAGGCUGCCCCCUCUAAGCUGGAGAAGAAGCCGCCGGGGUCCAUGGGGGAGCUGCCCUCGGAUGAGGCCAAGAAGCUGCAGCACUUCACCAAGCUGCGGCCCAAGAGGAACAAGAAGACCCACUCCAGCAAGGUCCCGCAAAUCGCCACUGCUCCUCCCCAGGAGGGCGAGCAGAACGGCCUGAUGGGACGGGUGGACGAGGGAGUGGACGAGUUCUUCUCCAGGAAAGUCAGCAAAAUGGACAAUAAACGGCCUUCCCUCCGGAGCUCCGACUCCCAGGACGGAGAGAAGAAGAAGAAAGGAGGCUUCCUGAACCUCAUCAAGUCCCGCUCCUCCAGGUCCGACAAGAGCCAUGCCGCCUCCAGUCCAGCCCCAGCCCCUGCUCCAGCCCCGGCCGCCGCCACCACCUCUGGCCCCUCGGCCUCCAGCUCCACGCCUGCCUCUGCACCAGCGUCCACCCCCCUGAUCUUGGAGGAGCCGUCCUCACCCAAGGUCAGGAGUCCGGCACCGGAGACCAGGGGCCGACCCCCCGCGGCGGAGCGCAGUAGUAGCUCGGACCGCUCAGAGGAGCUGAAGACGCCCGACUCCAUCGACUCGCUGGACUCCGAGGGCAGCCCCCAGAGCGGCCGGCGCUACGGCGUGCAGGUGAUGGGCUGCGGCCUGCUGGCCGAGAUGAAGGCCAAGCAGGAGAAGAGGGCAUUUGGCUCCCCGAAGAUGCCAGACUCAGGGUCCAGUCUGGAACGACCAGAGACUCCUGUGGCAGUUAAGGGUCAGUCCCUCAGCACUGAGAGCAGAUCUGCUUCUGGAGUGAAGAGUGACGGAGCCGUCAACUUAGAGAAGCCUGCGCUGGCCGAGGCCAAGCCAGACAAGCCCGAGAGGCCGGAGAAACCCGACCCUUCUUCCAAACCCAGGGCCCCGUCCACCUCCCAGACGCCGCCCAGCCCCAAGCCCCCACCGCAGGGCACCAAACCGGCGCUGGCCGCCCGGCCUGCCAUCCCUCAGAAGCCGCGGCCCGGCUGCAAGAGCACCGACGAAGCCCCUGACUCUCCUGGCGCUAGUGCGCCCCCUAAAGGGCCUGGCUUGCCCCACAGCCUGAAGAGAGUGCCCUCACUGAAGGAGGGGACCACGCUGGCGAGCCGGCGCUCCCCUCAGGACGCGGAGCUUCCAGCAGAAGGUAGUGCGUCCAGCCUAGGCCAGGACCCCGAGCGUCCAGCCACGGCCCCCAGGGUCCGACCCCUGCGCCGAACCUCCAGUGCCACAGCUGAGGAGGACACCCUGCAGAAGGCAGGCCGGAUGUCACACACUUGGCCCGUGAAGCAGGGAUCCACGUCCACAUCUGACCCCCCACUGAGCUCCAGCCCAGGCCCCGGCCGACUGGCCGCCCGAGAGAAUGGCACCAAGUCCAAGGACCGCUCGCCCGCUGCUGACCGGGACAAGGACAAAGACAAGAGCAAAGGGGAGGACGGGGGCAACAAAGACUUUGUAUUUAUCUGAGAAACAUGUGCAGCGACGCGAUGUCCCCCCACUGUGUCCACUUCCUUCCUUCUCCACAAGAGCCACCAGGAAUUGCUAAAAGACUGUUAGAGAAGCUGCCUUCCACCUCUGCUGUAGCGUUAACCCUCAGGUUCCGCCCUUUAAACCAGGCCUCUCUUUGUUUCGGAGGGCUAAACUGGGAUCAGUUUAACCUUUUUGACUUUGAAUUAAUGAGGUUAGUAAUGUGCAGGGAAUCCCUGGUCACAGGUCAGCACUCUUUUAAGAGUUUUCAUGAGUACUGGUCCAGGUUUUGGACAGGCAUGUGUGCGGACGGUGUGCAUGUUCUAGAAGUUUGUGCUGUGUGAAUCUGAAAGGACAGUCCUGGACUGUCCUCUCUCUCCGCCGCAGGGCCAGUGUUUGUCUGAUUUGCCCACUCCUCAUGCCCUGUGCUUCACCAGCACAUUGGUAAGGGAGAUUUGAUUGUUCUUCCAGAAGUUUCCAUUUUCUUUUUCCAGGCCUUAAUCCUAAGAUACUGAUCUUAAAACCUCCUCCUCAUCCUCGAUCCCGUCCUUUACUGGGGUUACCUGCCAUUGCAGUGAAGUGUCAGGUGUCUGCAGUAGACCUACUGCAGUGGAUCACCUCAGCCCUGUAAUGUGGCAAAAGGGCUCAAAGCACUGUGAUCAAAAGAACAGGGCGUUUAGCCACUGUGUUCAAACCAGUUACUCUAAGGUCAUCAUCCCCCAAAUGCACUGACAUGGAAUCUUUAUCAUGACAUGGCAUCUAUCCUGAGCUAGUCAGUACUGUGAUGUUCCUCCCAGACAUAAUGGCUGGACAAGAUAUAGACCAGGAAUACAGACCACCUCUCAUACACAUCCCCUCUUUGCCUCGGGCCUCUAUUUUUCUAGAUUGCUUUCCCUGUCUCUCUCUCUUUCCCCACUCGCACACACUCAACGCUUGCACACACAGUCCCAAGUCCACGUGCUCAGCUGCAUUAUUAGUGCUACUGCGGAGUUCUAGUCGGCAUGUUCUUGAGCUCAGCCUGUGUGUGGAACUAAAGCAGCUGGCAGAUUUCUGUUGUGUCUCAUGAAUGAAGGAGCCAUGUUUUCUUUUCCCAGAGGACAAGCAAUGUGCUCUCACAUGUCCUCUUAACAGCCCAUUCUAUGUUUGCCACUUACGGUUUGUGACAUGCAUGUAAGGUUUAUGUGUAUAUAUGUGCAUCUCUGUCUGUAUAUGUAUGUGAAAUGUACAGUACCUUGGUAAAAAAAAAAUAAUAAUGUAAUAUAUGCACACAAGUGUGUGUAAACAAAGUCCUAUAUUAAUAUGGUACUAAGCACACUGUCAUCAAGACAGUUUAUGAUUUGUUGUUAUACAAACUGGUUGUUGGUGAUGAUGUCUUUUUUACCCAUUGCAAUAGGCUUAUCCUUCUUUCUAUGUACAUAAUGUCAAUACCAUACAAAAUCAAUUAAUUUUAGUUUUGUUGUUGCGCUGUAAGCACAAUGAACAUUGUUUUCUUUAUGGGCUAGGAAAAUAAACAUGUGAGAUGAAUCUGAAUUGUUUACUAAAAUAACUUGAAUUGAUGUUACUUAUUGAAGUAACCACAUUAUGUUUGUCCCUUUUGUCCUGCUGGUUCUGACUAUGGCACCUUCUAUUCAUAAUGCAUUCUAGAGAGUGGACAUUUAUUUGUGUAUAUUUAUAACAAUUAAAAUUCUUUUAC